AUUAUAACGUCAAAUACAGGCCGAUUUAUUUUCCAGUUAAAGGAAUAUCAUGGCGCAGAUCGGGUCACAAUUUUCUUAGCUUUUGCAUUUUCCUAACUCUUUUGGAUAUAAAAUUAUCUGUGAACUUUUCGAACUAAAUUUAAAUAUAAGAUGUUAAAACGAGCCUCGCUUUCUUUAAGCCAUUACCCGGAUGCUUGUUUCCGUGCCUGCAAUUGUUGCAGGUGUAUCCGUAUGCAUCACGUGCCAAAAAUCAACGAGGACCUUCUGACUGCUCACAAAUCUGAGCAGGACUAUUUAAGGGAUUUGCGAAAGCUGCAAAGCCAUUUGAUUUCCCAGCAAGGUACAAGUGGUAUUCCUUGCCUACGACCCGGUCAGUCUAUGCCAUGUGCGUUCCUGGGGGAUCUUGAGCUGCAGCUGGAGCGAAGGAUCCUAAGACAACAGUUUUCAGAUCUUGAGACGGCCUUAAAGCUGAAAAUUCUUCCGGAAACAGCCAGCGCCAACGACGAGUGCGAUCAAGGAUGUGGAGAAGGCAAGAGUGUCGCUAAAAAAAAACGGAAGAAGUGCGGCAAGGGUGGUGGAAAGAAGGGGGAUGAUGGCGAGGACGACAUGAAGGAGCUAAAAAAGCAGUGCAAGAAGUUCAAGGCGGAGAAAAUGCUGGAAAAGUGCAGAGAAAGUGCCGCGGCGCAAAAUUGUCAAAAAAUGGCUCAGGCGAAAAAAUGUCAGAAAAUGGCCGAAAUGGAGCAAUGCAUGGAGUGCAUCAGAAAAGAAAGGGGAGAAAGUGAAGUGGAAGAGGAAGAAAAUGAAUGUUGCGAGAAAGAAAAAUGCCCAAACGAGGAGGAGGAGAUCGAAAAGCUGAACAAACAAAUCCAGAAAUUAGCCGAUCAAUUGAACUGUGAAAAGUUGGCUAAAAUAGAGGCCAUCAAAAAAGCGUGUCGCGAGCAGAAAUAUAAAGAAGAGUGCGCUAGAUUGGCCAAAUUGGCCAGGCAGCAAGCCGAAGAAGAAAGAAAGCGGGCCGAAGAGGAGGCGAGAAGAAGGGCUGAAGAGGAGGCCAACAAAGGUCCCGAAGAAAAUCUGUGCGAACUAAAGAGGCAGUGCGUCGAAUUGGCCAAGGAGCAAAGGAAAAAGGCGAAGGCCAAUCAGAAAAAACUCAAGGCGUUGGCCGAAAAGGCCAAGGCUAAGAGAAUGAAAGAGAAGUGCAAGAAAAUGGUUGCGAUUGAAAAGUGCCGAAAACAAGCUUUAAAGGAGAAGGCCGACAAGGAGAAGGCCGAGUGCGAAAAGGCCGCAAGAGAGGAGGCGGCCAGGCUUAAAGCCGCCCAAGAAGCUGCGGAGGCACGAAAAAAGGGAGAUAGCGAUUAUAGAGCCAAAAAAGCGUUGUGCAAAAAACUUAAUAAAAAGCAAAAGCCGAAAAAAAUUGACGUAUGCGCCAAAUACAAAUUUGAAGAUGCAGGCGAAGAAUGUGAAGAGGAUGUGAUCAAAGACGAAAUCAAAAAGGAAGUCAAGGAGAUCAAAAAGGAGGUCGCUGGAUUACCUCCUCCCCCACCUCCGCCACCAUCACCUACAAACCCCAAGGCUGCAGACCCACCCCCAACACCACCCACGGCCGCAAAACCACCGCCUCCACCAUCCAAGGCCGAUCCCAACACACUUUUCCAGAUAUGCAAGAAGCUAGCCGAAAAAAAGCUUAGACAAAAGAAGAAAAAGGUCAAGGCGUUGAAGGCCAAAUGCAAAAAAAUAACACAAAAAGAACAAUGCAAGUGUGAGAAAAAAACAAGAAAGGCCAAAGAACUGGAGGAGUACUGCAAGAAAAAAGAAGAAAAGAAGAAAUAGAUGUUGAAUUCUCAGAUCUCCCAGUUCACCAACUAAAUUAAGGUCCUUGAAAUUCAAAUAGCUUUGCUGCAAUGCUUUGGCUGUGCGCUCGUUACACCUCUUCAUUAAUUAUUUGUUUUAUUACGAUAAUAGUCGUACAUCAGUUUCAGGCACUGUUGCGGGCUUAUAAAAUGAGAAAAAAAUAAUUUUGAGCUGAGCGAUCGCAUUUUUAAAUCGGAAUCGAGUAAAUUGUGCGUAUUUAUACGAUUAAAUAUCCAGAUGCAGUCAAAACAAUAGAUUUUAUAUUUUAGCCUUUUAAUACCUAGGCAACUUUAAACAACAUGGUGUAAAAUAACUAAAUUUACUGGUAUACAAACUGAAAUAUCUUCAAUAGAUUGGAUCUAUGAUUUUUUUAGGCUUACUAGCUUAACUUCUACUAAUAGAACGUUAUUUAAAUUUUUUGUUUUCAAAAAUAUAUAUGUAUUCUAUAAAUAAAAUAACAAACAAAACCGUA